ACCACCACCAUGAUCAAGGCUGUGUUUGCUGUGUUGUCCAUCUUCGUCCUUGUGGCCUCUGUCUUGGCCAGUCCCAUGCCUGAACCUGGCUAUCGUCGCUAUGGUGGCUAUGGUGGUGGAUAUGGUGGCUACGGUGGUGGAUAUGGAGGGUAUGGUGGCUAUGGCGGCGGUUAUGGCGGCUAUGGUGGUGGCUAUGGCGGCUAUGGUGGUGGCUAUGGCGGCUAUGGUGGUGGCUAUGGCGGCUAUGGUGGUGGCUAUGGAUAUGGACGAUAAAGGAUCAGACGGUCAGCAUGGUGUCAAAUGGUUCUCCAUUUGCCAAGAAUGGUCCAGUAGUCCUACCGGUCACGUCAGGAGGUGUCUCUGGUGGGACCACUCCACCUAUAUGGUUCUCACAAUACCUAAACUACCCAUUAUGUCCCCUCUUGUAACCCCACCUUCAAAAUCUCUAAAUAAAACCACAUAAUUA